UGGUAGCUAUUUGCACAUAAGUUAUCUAGUAUUGCGUUGCGUGUAUUGGGUCGCCGAGACCCCUUGUAGGGGUCGUUGGCAGCGAGUACGUAGUUGUAUCACUCGGACUUGGUCGGAUCGAAAGCCACUGCGUCCAAUGUAAGGAGGGGUGUCGCCCUUGAUUUCUUUUGCGUCUGAGGUUUAGCAGAAACAAGUCGCAUUUCGAGAUGUAGAGUUGGAUCGCAAAAAGAAAUCACCCAUGAAAAUUCCCGACAGCUCGAUAGGUUUUCUUCAAGGCUGCGGUGCGUGCUCCCGCUCUCGAGGUUCGUGUAUCGAACGAUGGACGGGUGCGCAUUCUUGUCACUGUCGGGCACGAGAAUCGAAUUCUUUUCCUUGGAAACGGUAGCAACAGCGAAACGGUAAAAGCGGAAUCGUCGCAGAUUGUCGCACAGAUCUAUCUACCACGAGCCCCGCUUGUUGCGCGGAUCGUCGCCGGGCCACGGAUUGGGGUUGCGGAUCGGUACCGGUACCUCCGCGAGCUGCCCUUGCCGGUUGUUCAUGCCGUCCACGAUGCGCAUGCCGCUCGAGCAACACAUCUUCUUGAAUCCGAAAUCGCAGCACACCUCGGGGCGCUCGCAGUCGUAGUUCGAUUCGCACGUGUCCUUCAUGACCUCCCCAAAGAGCUUUCCGAUGAACCCCCCCCUGUUUUUCUCCUGCUCCUUGGCGCGCUCCAGCUCCAUGGCCUCCACCGCGGCGGCGGCCGCCUUCUUUUGCUGCUGGAGGUCCAUUUCCUUGAUCUGCUGCUCGAUCUCUAAAAAUUCUUCCAUGGUGAGAGACUUGAGACCAAACUUUUUGCGGGUCGCGUUUUUCUUCUCGAGGGCAUCGGCCAUAGACGCGUCCGGUCCCUCCGCCUCUCCGGCGGCCGAGGACGACAUCGACGUGAGACUCGAACGGGACGAGGAGGCCGUGACGAAUGACCUCGUUUGCAAGCCUUCGUCGUUGUUGUCUCCAAACAAAACCGAACCGCGUCGAUUGAAAAAAAUGAUACUGCGUCGGAACUGAAGGACGUUGUCGGGAACCUUAACGGAUUCGAUGCUAUUCUGGAGUUUCUCUCCCCCGAUUUUGGUCAUCGACUCCAUGUGGCGGCUAAACGAAGGAAUGCCGUCGGCGUUGGAUACAACGGCUUGCUUGCGCAAGGCUGCGAAUACGCCCUGCUCGGUGGUAACCUGGUUGUCGUUCAUGACCAGGCGUUCCAACCGGUGCUGGGUGAUGUUGCCCGUCAUGCGAUCAAACUCAUAAAUGGAAAUCCCGUCA